CAGUGUUGUUGUGUGUGUUUUUCAUCCCAACAAUGGACAAACUCCCAGAAUCUUUACUAAUAGAAAUACUGAGUCGACUCGGUGACUCAGCCGACGUAGCUCGAUGCCGAGUCACCUCAAAAACAAUAAAUUCAAUAUACCCAGAACUCCGAUCAAUCAAUCUUCAAUGCUCAUUAACAAGAUACAUCAAUUCCAGAUCUUCAAAAACCAAUAGUAAUAAUAAUAAUACACCUUUUAAGAGAAUAUUCUUGAAUCUUGUAUCGAAUUUGAGAGUUAUUGAAUCGGUAUGGUUGGGGACUGAUAGGCCUCUCAGGGAUGUGUCGUAUGAUGACGUGGAGGAUGAGGCUGAUGACCUGUAUCUCACCGAUGAUGUUUUUGUUAAGGAAUGGAUUGGUAAGGUUUCCGAAUCGUUGAAUUCGCUUUCGAUAUCGGAUUUUUGGGUUCAGUCUUGUUGGCGUCGGUCCAAUCUCUUGCCGCUUGUUUCUACCCAUUGUCACAAUCUUGUUAAAUUAGAGGUGAAGAAUGCAUGGAUGUCGGUGGAGAAUUUGUAUCCAAUGCCAAAGCUAACAAGUUUGACACUGGAAUUUAUAAGAUUAGAUGAUGAGGACCUAAACGAGUUGAAUAAGUGCUUCCCUAAUCUUCAAGUUCUUAACUUGAUAGGCGUUGGGGGAUUUAAACUUCCUAAGAUCCAUCUUCUCAACCUGAAAACAUGUCACUGGACUGUAUCUAAUGCUCCAUCGUCUUUGACCAUAAUCACGCCUAAUCUUGUUACCCUCAGACUUGAAUGUAUAAGUCCAACUGAACUUUAUGUUGAAGCUCCUAUGUUAUCUCACUUCCAUCUUGCCCUUGAUCAAGCCGAUAAAUUUGUUGUCAAAAAGUUUGAAAGUUUGAAAACUCUUGGGCUUGAGUCUUUAUAUAUUGGCUCCUUGAUUUAUAAGUUCCCAGUUACAAAAAAUGUGGUAAACCUUACGGUGAAUUCACGGAAUUGGGUUACAGGAGGUGCUGGCCAUUCCGUAUUUACCCUGGAGAAGGUGUUCACUGUUUUUCCAAACUUGAGGUCUCUUUGCGUUAAAUCAAGUGCUUGGUCGGAAUUGGAGGCAUGUUACAACCCGUUAGGUUGGGAGGCUUUUGAUGGAAUGAAAGGAUUUAAAACAUUUUGUGCAUAUUUGUUACUGGUUGACCCAUCGUUGACUUUCUCAUCUGUUGCUUGUGUGUUGGACCAAUGCACUGGGUUGUCAGAAGUCUCAUUACUUAUCCACCGUGAUGUUGUUGGUAAUGUAUCCAGGAGUUUUAUCUCUAGGUGCAUGGCUCGAUGGCCUGAAGUGAAGUGGAGGUGGGGCAUGUGGAGAGAAGGAAUUGAAGAUUCUUGGAUAAGCGAUGCUAUGCAUAUAUAGCUAAACACCACAAAUCGAUCAUAUGUAUAUUGCAUUCUUAAGGGGGUUAGAAGAGCAACAGAUGUUUCAGAACUCAUGGGGUUUAAACCUGUGAAGAGAUGUACUAAAUCAGCUGGAAGCCAUGGAUGGUGUAUAUAAGCGUCCAAGUAAGUUAUGAAUAAAUUCUAUUAAACUUUGAUUGUUUUUGCAUCAUAGGGCGUUGUAAAUAUGAUUGUAUGUAUUUUGAUGUAUAUGCGGGUUCAGAUGAUAUAAAUUUGAUAAUAAAGUUGUACUCGAUGAUGAUACUAGCUA